CGAUCCUUCUCGACGAGAUGUUAGAAGCUGUUCGAAAUGAAGGAGCCCGAUGAUGAAGAUCCGCCGUUGAAUCUGUAUGAAGCCUGAGACACUGCAGUAGGCGCAGAACGUUCACAACCUCAAUGGGUCGAUGGGGUGAAGAAAAAGUUAAAGUGUCAUCGAAACAGAAAGUGCACGAGAACGUCGACAUUCUCAUUCGCGCAACAUUAUUAAAGUCCAACGUUGCGGGAAUCUUUUUGUUUACCUUUUUGCCACGGAAGAUAAACUGAUUCACAGGACAAAAUCACACUUGAUUUUAUCCAAAUUUAUCAAAACCAAAAGGAACUUUCUUCAAUUUCAAAACCGAAGUGCCAGUAUUUUUUCACGUAAAGUAGCAGGAGGUCGCUACACAUUUAUUCCGUACUAGUCUACAACAGUAGGAAUUUCUUUUCCGUUUCUCACGGACAAGCCUGGUCAGUAAAAACUCAAAAGUUUUUUCCUUUCACCACAGACGAAUCAAAGUCAAUCUUUUUUCGCAAGACCAGUCCCAGUCGAAAUAAAAUGACGCGCUUGAUCGGCGUUGCAGUCCCCAACUGCUGGGUGGCUUCCGCUUUCGUUUUGCUGACCUCGUUCUCUGCUUUGCUACAGCAGCAAUGCUUGGUGGCAGUUUGGGCUCUACGUCCUUCGACGCGGGCCAGGUCCCCUUUCAGCUCUCCGUCCGGUCGUCGGGCCGCGCGAGGGCGUGGACAACCGCUCUUGUCACCUCGUCACCAGCAGGACCGGCAGGCGGCGGGAAGUGCCGCGGCACAACGAGGAGAGAGCUUUUCUCCUGAGGAUGUUGAUCUCGAGGCUGGUGGGCGAGGCGGUACUACGGCAGGUAAUCUUGCUGCUCAUGGCAACGUUGUUGACCACCCACCUGCUGUUGUUGAGCGUGGAGGUCCUCCUGCGGGCACGCCAGAGCAGGGAGCACCGACCGCUUCUCGCCACGCUGGAGUACAUGAAGGUGCAGAUGCGGUAGGUCUGCCUGCUGGUCAAGCGGAGCUGCUAGCGCCAGCCGCGGAGGUAGUUCUAGUGAAUGACGCAAGAAGAGCAAGAGACGAAGGACGAGCAGGUGCGGAAGGAGAAGGGGCGCGACGGGUGCCACAGCGACUCGCCGCUAUCGAGCGGGAAUUACAGCGGCUCGAACGCCACCAGCGCGAUAUGGAACAUAUGGCCGGAGGCAACCGGAUGGUCCGCAACGGCGCGGCAGCUACUGCAGUUCUAAGUGCAGCCUGGGGCGCGUAUCUUGGUGGCACCGCGGUCGGUGCUGGCGCGGCCGUGUCGGGCGCGUGCUCCGCGUACACGGCCUGUCAUGCCUAUCUUGGGCAGCAGCACCAGCGCGAAGUGCAGGCCUUCGCGCGAGAGCAGAGGGACUUGAUGGAAGAGAGAGAUCACUUGCGGGCGCAGCUAGCUGUACUACAAGAGGCUCGUGAACGUGAUGAGCCGGAGCCCUAAAUUAAGAGUAAGCUCAUAAGCCCAAGGUGGCACGCAUCAUCCUCACAACACCGAAGUCAAGUACCUUUUCGCCAUUUAAAACAAGAUACAUCAGGCGGGGUCGUGGGCUUCUCGUCGUGUCUUGCUUUAACCGAGGCCCGUUGAGGAGGAGCGAGGCAAACAAAAAGUCGUAAAAAUUAUCGACUCGCGUACAACUAAAGUUACUUUUUUUCCCACGCGGCGCACGCCGCGUGGAUUUUUGGAUCUUUCUUCAGAUGAUGAACUAAAAAUUUGUAUAUAAGUAUGUUUUCAUCUUUUGCCAAGAAAAGGAAAAGCAAAGCCAAAAGUUGUCAUCAAAGCAAAGCCCAGCCAAAAGUUGUGCGAGGGCGCACCAAGCACGCACGUACAUCAGAACGGCAACAACCACGACGAGAACGAGAAGCGGUAAGUAGGCUAUGUAGUUCUAGUUGUCUCGUCUCGAAGAUGUUAGCGACUUCUGCUACAGGUGGGGAAAUGGCACAAAAUCACAAUGUAUGACUUCACCAAACAGGAAAAGCAGAUGCACUACAUCUGUAAUUUCGUAUAAGGUUCGAAGAAAAUGAAGACAAAGGUAAAGAUGGAAAACCAGCGGAAACUUUGUAUGAUGAAUAAGUCGCAGUGUUGGAGUGGACAAGCCUAGUGGAAAGUUGUUGGAGUGCUGGACAAGCCUACUCUGAAUGGAGACUUCGUGUGCGUGUUCAAUUUGUUUGAGCGACUUCCCACUAGUGCUACCGGCGGAAUUAAAAAUAAGGUGUACUGUGCUUGAACAUCAAGAACAAGAAGAGAGAGGCAUCGCUGCCGUGCGCUUCAUUGUCGUGAUCAAGAUUCAUAACUUGUACCACAUGAAAGGUAAGAAAAUAAUGCCUGAAAAUGAAAGAGGUAGAUCAACAACGUCGGUGAUUUUAACGGCGGUGGAAGAUCGGUAGGUUUUUUGUGAUCAACAAAAUGCUCAUAGUUCACACAAAGUUCACGAUCCUUCUCGACGAGAUGUUGAAAGCUGCUCGGAAUGAAAGAGCCUGAUGAUGAAGAUCCGGUUUUGAAUCUGUAUGAAGCCUGAGACACUGCAGUAGGCGCAGAACGUUCACAACCUCAAUGGGUCGAUGGGGUGAAGAAAAAGUGUGAUCGAAACAGAAAGUGUACAAGAACGUCGACAUUCGCGCAACAUUAUUGAAGUCCUACGCUGCGGGUAUCUGUUUGCUUACCUUUUUGCCAGGGAAGAUAAACUGAUUCGCAGGACAACAUCACACUCUAAUUUAUCCAAAUUCAUCAAAACCAAAAGCAACUUUCUUCAAUUUCAAAACCGAAGUGCCAGUUUUUUUUCACGUAAAGUAGCAGGAGGUCGCUACACAUUUAUUCCGUACUAGUCUACAACCGUAGGAAUUUCUUUUCCGUUUCUCACGGACAAGCCUGGUCAGUAAAAACUCAAAAGUUUUUUCCUUUCACCACCGAGGAAUCAAAGUCAAUCUUUUUUCGCAAGACCUCCAGUCAAAAUAAAAUGACGCGUUUGAUCGGCGUUCUUGCAGUCCCCAACUGCUGGGUGGCUUCCGCUUUCGUUUUGCUGACCUCGUUCUCUGCUUUGCUACAGCAGCAAUGCGUGGUGGAAGUUUGGGCUCUACGUCCUUCGCGCAGCUCCAGGUCCCCUUCCAUCUCUUCGCCUUCGCGCACCAGCUCCUCGUCCAGCUCUCCGUCCGGUCGUCGCGCCGCGCGGGUGCGUGGAGGACAACCGCUCUUACAACCCCCUGUUCUCGACCAGCAGGGACUACAGCAGGCGGCGGGAAGUAGUCCCGCGGCAGGACCUGAGGUUGAUCUCGAGGCUGGGGGAGGUGCAGGUUCUACGCUCGGCAAUCAGAUUGCCCCUGCGGCUGCGUCCACCUCAGGAGGAGGCUGGAGGUGGAGCCGGGAAUGCGCUAACCAUGAGGAGCGACCACAUCAUGAAGGUGCAGAUGUGGCAAGUCUGCUUGCUGGUGCUGGUCGUCCAGCGGCGCUGCUAGUUCCAGCCGCGGCGCAGGUUCGAGAGAAUGACGCAAGUAGAGAUCAUGAAAGACGACGCGCUGAAGGAGACGGGGGACUACGUCGGGUGCGACAGGAGCGCCUCGACGCUAUUGAGCGGGACUUACAGUGGCUCGGAGGCGAACAGCGAAAAUAUGAAAGAUUGGCCCGAGGCGCCCGGAGGGUCCGCAACGUUGGUGUAGUUGCUGCAGGUGGCUUUGCAACGGCGGGCACGUUAAUUGGUGGCACUGCUCGCGGUGCUGGCGCUGCCGUGUCGAGCGCGUGCACCGCGUACACGGCCUGUUUUGCCUAUGUUGGGGAGCAGCACCAGCGCGUGGUGGAGGCCAUCGCGCAAGGGCGGAGGGCCUUGAUGGAAGAGAGAGAUGACUUGCGGGCGCGGCUAGCUGUACUACAAGAGGAUGGUGAAGAACGUGAUGAGCCGGAGCCCUAAAUUAAGAGUAAGCUCAUAAGCUCCAGGUGGCACGCAUCAUCCCCACAACACCGAAGUCAAGUAUCUUUUCACCAUUGAUUUAAAGAUACAUCAGGCGCCGGGGUGGGCUUCUCUUGUUCGUGUCUUGCUUUAUUAACCGAAGCCCGUUGAGGAGAAGGCAAACAAGAACAAGUCGUAAUUAUCUACUCACGUUGUGCAACUCAAGUUGCUUUUUUUCCCACGCGGCGCACGCCGCGUGGAUUUUUGGAUCUUUAGAUGAACUAAAAAAUUGUAUGAAGUAUGUUUUCAUAUUCAUCUUUUUCUUUUGCCAAGAAAAGGAAAAGCAAAGCCAAAAGUUGUCAUCACAGCGAAGGCAAGCCAAAAGUUGUACGAGGGCGCACCAAGCACGCACGUACAUCAGAACGGCAACAACCACGACGACAACGAGAAGCGGUAGGCUAUGUAGUUCUAGUUGUCUCGUCUCGAACUCGAAGAGGUUAACGACCUCUGCUACAGGUGGGAAAUUGGCACAAAAUUACAAUUUAUGACUUCACCAAACAGGAAAAGCAGAUGCACUACAUCUGUAAUUUUGUAUAAGGCUCGAAGAAAAUCACAAUGAAAACAAAGGUAAAGAUGGAAGACCAGCGGAAACUUUGUAUGAUGAACAAUUCGCAGUGUUGGAGUGGACAUGCCUAGUGGAAA